AUGUCUUACCCAGACGAAGAGGAUCCGGAUCAGCCUCUGUGGCAGUCUGUGCUGCUCUUUUGCUGUAAGGGGAUGAUUGAAGGCAUCAUGGUCAUCCUCUUCUUCUGGCUUCUGGUGCAGGUCCUUUUCACCAAGCAGCUAGAAGGUACGGCUUUGAAGAAAAAAUUCAUAUCAUAUACAACACAUGUGCUCAUAGUUGACAUUGCCUGUAAAUGGGCCAAUUAUAAUGAUUUAUCUGCUGCACUCUGGCUGAUGAUGAUUGGCGUUGAAGAUGUGGGAUUUCAAACUUCAUGUUUCUGUGAACCUCUCCCAGCUGAAUCACAUUAAAAAAAACAUCUUUGAACAGAUUAAGUUUGUGGUUUUCCUGGCUGACACACUUAGAGGAGUAAUUCUUACAGCAGGAAACCAUUUCUCAGAUUCUGUGUGUAAAUGUUGCUUACAGGCAGAUUCGACAAUAUGUUGCCAAACUGAGAGAAUCUUUUCCUGUAGGCUUUAAAACUCCUCUUAUCAUUUCUCGGAUCUAAUUAAUCUUCUGUUUUUAUGUUCACAGUUCACCUCCAAAUCCUCCUCUUAGUUGGACUGAUUGUUUUCUGCCUGUGUAUGCUCCUGGGAUGUUUUCUUUGCUUGAGGAACAGUCAGAUUUGCAGUCUGAAACAGAAAGAUCCUGUGUCGUCAGCAUCGACUCCUGCUGGACCUCUGACCUUUGCUCAGACCCCGCCUCCCUCCGCUAUGACAACAGCAUCCAGGCAGCAGUAUGACGAGCUGGAUGGAGAUGUGCCUGAGUACCCCUCCACCUUCACAAGCCCUGCCUUUUCUCAGGUUGAAUUUCCCUCUCUGCAACUUCCUAACCAAGCUCAAGCUGUUUCUGAUCAGAGGGGGCAGCAAAAGUCUUAUUUUUCACUGCGGCGCCUCAGCACACCUUCACUGACGGCUCCUCUUUACAAACCCAUAGAUCACAGCCAUGCUUCCCUGCCGACGUUUCCCAAACUAGGGCUGUUGGCCAAAACCCGUAAGGCUCUCCAGAGACGCUGCACGGUGACUGGAAGUUUAUCUUGUGAUGAACACAGCAGCCUCACCAGCUCAGGAGCUGUGUCUCCAUCUAUGCCUGAACCGAUCCCACUGGCUCCUCUGAACUAUGGCUCCAACGCCGGCUGCCAACAGCCACGAUUAUCAAAACCCUGCCUUGAAUUCACCAUGGUCUUCUCUACAGAGCAGCAAACCCUAGCGGUCUCCAUCCUGAGCCUGACAGGGACCCCCCACAGACUGGAGGACUUAUCUGUACUGGGCAGCCUGCAGCCUCUGUACCCAUGUCCCAUGCAGGCCUCCAUCCAUAGGGGUCUCAGCCCCGAGAGCCUCAGCCUGCUGCUGCUGCUGAAGGUGAGCUCAGAGAAGGAGCUCCAAAGGUGUAUGCUCAGAAUAGCUGUAUACACACGGGAGCCCCCCAGCCUGAGGGGCAGCACACUGGGGGAAGUGGAGGUGGAAUGUAAAGGAAAAGACUGGAGAGCAGAGAAUCCGUUACACUUCACCAAAAAACUUAAUCCACACAAGUGGAGCCUGAGAAAGGUAAGAGUUUAUCAAAGUAGUUUUUGUUCAGCCACACAGAAAUCGAACUAGCAUCUGUUCUUGGUCCCUCAUUGAUUGAACCUAAACUUUAGGCACAAAUUAUGAGCUCCUAGAAGACGAAAAUUCAUGGGAAUCUGAAACAGAGUUCACCUUUUGAAGGGGUCAGAUUUUAAAACCCGUUUAAAAACCAACUUUUGUUCCUUGGCUUUUGAGCCAGCACUUGUUUUAUUGCUUUUUAUUAUAUUUUAAAACAUCUAUUUAUUGUUGUUUUAUGAUUUUAUGUUAUUAUGUACAGCACUUUGUGUCAGCUUUGGUUGUAUUUAGAGUGCUCUAUAAAUAAAGUUGAGUUGGGUUUUGUAUGGAGGUUGGUUGAGAGUGUUAGCUGAUGUAAGUAAAAGGACGGAUAAAUGCAGCUAAAAACAAACCUGAAAUCUCUUCUGUCUUGUAUUGUUUUAUUUAUAGAUUAUUUUCUGUUUCACACAGUCAUGCAACAUGCUUUCCCUAUGAUUAUUCAUGUUUUAUUUUUCAAUGUUUACAAAAGAUUUAAGCUCUGUCUCAAACUGAUGAGGGUUUCACUCACUGCUCUUUGAACUCUUGCCCUGACUCCAGAGUCAGAUCUCCCAGGAUGCACUGGUGUGUAAGGGGCUUAGCUGUCCUCCACAGAUCUUCAUCGUGCUUCAGUAUCAGACUCUAGCCCAUCGCAUUAAAGCCACAGUCCUCCGAGCCGACAACCUGGGCGACCUCACGCACACAUCUGCAGAAACAGGUAAAACUCGUGUUAAUCGUGAUUUAAGUUCACCAGGAGGAGAUCCCACCAAGGCACCGUGCACAGAGGUAUUAUGUAAGCAUGUGUGGGACAUUUGUCCCACAAGGGCAGAGGUAAAAUAAUUCCCUAUGUUUGCUUUUAAUGUUUAGGGGAUUAAACAAUGUCUUACAGGACCCGAAUGCAGCAAGAGAUCAUCCCUUUUGUAAUGACAUUGUGCUUUAAUCCUCCUCCACUCACAAUCCUCAGGAAAAUGUUCUAAUCUCCUCUGAAUCUCUGAUCUGACAAAUCAAAUCUUUGUUUGCAUUGGUCUGUCUGUCUGUCUGUCUGUCUGUCUGUCUGUCUGUCUGUCUGUCUGUCUGUCUGUCUGGGGGCUGUUUUAUAUAUCAGAAAAAAACACAUUCGCAUACAGUGCCAUAUCCUUUUACGAUAUCUAUUUCAUUCACAAUAUGCCACAUACAUCCGUUUAGAUGACCUCACUUUUUUUCUGAGUAUAUUAUACUUUGUUAUCAAUGUUUGAGCAACUGGAGAUCAUAAGUACUAGUUUUACAAGCUGCAAGUUUAUAUUUACCAGAGAAAAGGAGGUAUUAGCAUACGUUUUUGGUUAUUUUGACUUUUAUUUCAUUGUUUGUAUCAGGACAGUGUUCAGUAUUAUGAUCCCAUAAUUUAGAUCUUAAUCAUUAAAAACUGAACUCUAGUGGGUUAGAAAAUGUAAACUUGUUUUCAGCUGUGAGGUUGGCAGCUACUUCUAUGUUGAUGAGAAAGAUUAAACCCUCAAGAACUAAGAAAGUGUAAUUUGGCUGAUCUGAUACCAGUCCUAUGAUGAUACAGUAAAGAUGACAGUGAAAUCUGUAAAGACCAUCAUUCACAUCUUGUUUUUAAGUUUAUUAUUUAUGUUUAUUUUUGAACAUUUUUGUUUUCUUUCUAAAUAGAGUACCAGGUGGUGAUUAAUCUGCAUCAUGAAGGAGUUGUGAUCAGCAGCAGAAAAACUAAAGCGACCUCCUGUACUGUGUGGAACGCUUUUUUCCUCUUUGACUUGCCUUCAGGAGAUAUCCGUCAGCUGCCGCUCAUGUUGGAGUUUGUAAUCAUGCAGGUAAAUAUCGCCUUACAAGCUCAAAAGCACAUGACAAAACACUUAUUUAAUGUGUUUCUACACGAUGUGAAUUUCAUGAACCCACUCCUCUCUCUCAUGACAGAGUCAGGUCUUUUCAGAAGGUAAAGUCCUCGGUCGUGUGCGGAUCGGCCCAGAGGCCACAGAUGCAGGACAAGCUCACUGGAGGGACAUGUGCAGCCUGCAGGUGGAGCAGGCCCGCUGGCACACCGUACAGCCAGACGUCUGA